AUGGGUCGUGGAUGGGUCAACAAGCAUGAUAAUGACACAGAGGAGUGGCUCAAGAAGAAAGACAUUAAGAUCUUGGAAUGGCCUAGCCAGUCUCCAGACCUUAAUCCUAUAGAAAAUAGGAGCAGUGCCCCUUCAAUAUUUGAGAACAUAAUAGAUUCUGAAGCUUUUUCUUUAACAGCAUCUCCUGUUGAAGCACAGAGUACUAACGCAAUACUUCAGGCCAUUAAUAGUAUAAUUUCAACCCUGGCUCAAGCUAUAACAAAAUUAAUAAGCCAGAUAAGCAACGCAUUGAGUCCUACAACUACAGCAGCUCCUACAGUUUCCAGUACCACAGUGACUGCAACUACCACUAAAACCAGCACUCAACAGCCUACAUCAACUAGCACAUCUUCUAGUACUGCAACCAGUGCUUCUUCAGUUUCCACCAGUAGUUCAACAUCUUCUACUAGUAGCAGCACAAGUACACUUUUGUCAUCAACUGACACUGUGACGCCUUUUGAUACUGGGACAAGUAGCCACUUAACAUCAACACCUAUCUCUGGAACUAGUGUGUUAUCAGUGUCAACAAAUCCAGUAACAUUAACAGCCAGCACAGGACAUUUGACUAGCACACAGAAUACAGCAACACCCUUAAGUACUGGAGCAAUUAGUCAGUCAGUAACUAACACAGUAGUAACUGCAACAUUUGAAUCAAGUAGUCAAAUACUUUCAACUAAUCUGGUAACAUCCUCCAGUGAUGGAAUAAGUAGCUCUACUGACUUUACCAGUAGUACAGCCACUCAAACUACCUACAAACCAUCUUCCACUGAACUCAGUUCUUCAAAUUCAGUAAGCAGUAGUCAACCACCUGUAACUGGAAGUCUAACAUCACUCAUUACUGAAACCAGCAGUCUACCACCAUCUAUCAGCUCUGAAACAUUUUCAAGUCUGGGCACGAGUGGUCAAACUGUAUCCAGUAACUCAGUUUUUAGUGCCAAAACAAGUAACCAACCAACCACAACCAACGUUUUCACAUAUAUUUCUGAACCAAGCAGCCAGUCUGUCGAAACCAGCAGCAUAUCAACCCUGAAUACUGAGACAAGUAGCCAAUCACCUUCAGCCAGUUCAACAACAUCUUCGCUACUUGGCACAAGUAGCCAUGCUGUAUUUAGCAGCUCCACUGGCACUGCCACAUCAAGUAUUCAACCAUCAUCAGCCAAAGUAUUCACAUCUUCUAACCUGGGUGCAAGCAGUAAGUCAGUUCUUACCAGCGGCAUUUCAUCACUGAUAACUGAGACGAUUAGCCAAUCACCUUCAUCAAGCAGUGGAACAUCUUUGCAGUUUAGCAGUUUAGCUGCCGCAACCAGCAACCAGCCAUCGACAGGUAAUGCAUUUACUUCUUCUGUCACAGAAACAAGCAGCCAAUCAAUUGUAACAAGUGGCAUAACAACAUUUAAUAACCCCAGUACACAGUCAUCAAUAGCCAACACUGAAACAUUUUCUAGUCUUGGGGUAUUCAGCAGUUUAUCUAUAUCUACUGGAUCCAGUAGCCAGCCACUUUCUGCUACUAUAGUGCCAAGCAGUCAAUCAGUUGUAAGCAGUGACAUACCAACCGUAAGUGUAACUAAUACUCAAUCCCCUAAUAUAAUAAGUACUGUUACCAGCACUAGUUAUUCCACACCAGUUUCAAAUAUUGAAAACAGUAGUACACUAACAUCAGACAACACAUUUAUACCUUCCACUAGUGUCCCCACAUCUUCAACUACAGCAACAUUUUCCAGUAGUCACACUGCUUCAACUAAUAAUGCUGUUUCAUCAGCUACAGGCACAAGUAGCACAUCUGCAGCUGGAAACACACAAACUUCAAAUACAAUAAGUGUCAUUCAGUCAUCCCCAUCGGGCACCACAGUGACAUCUUCUGCUGGUACUCUAAUGUCAAGUAUGACUGAUACAUUGGCCACCACAGCAACCGGCAGUGAAACAGCAUCUGUUUAUUUUUCUACUUCAAACACUGAAAGCAGCAGCACAGUUCUGUCAGGUACCUCUGAGGUUCCUUCUACUAGCACUUCAAUCUCAACCCCAACUAAGACAACUUUAUUUACUACAGAAACUAGUGCCACAUCAUCUUCAAAUACUGGAAGCAGCAGCAUAUUAUCAUCGGGUGCUCCAACAUCAACCUCUACUGGGCUAUCUUCCAGUACUUUAACAUUAAACAGUCAAGCACUUUCUACGCUUAGCCCUUCAGUGUCAGCAGAAACAUUGACAAAAAGCACACCAAGUGUUUAUACUGCAACUUCCAAUACUGUAAGCAUUAGCCAGUCCUUACCAUCAUCACCUACAGCAUACUCCACUGGAGCUGCAAUCAGCAGUCUACCGCCAUCUAUCAGCUCGGAAACAUUUUCAAGUCUGGGCACAAAUGGUCAAACUGUAUCCAGUAACUCCGCUUUUACUGCAAAAACAAGUAACCAACCAACCACAACCAAUGUUUUCAUGUCUUCUAUUUCUGAACCAAGCAGCCAGUCUAUCGAAACCAGCAGCAUAUUAACCCUGAAUACUGAGACAAGUACCCAAUCACCUUCGGCCAGUUCAAUAACAUCUUCACUACUUGGCACAAGUAGCCAUGCUGUAUUUAGCAGCUCCACUGGAACUUCCACAUCAAGUAUUCAACCAUCAACAGACAAUGUAUUCACAUCUUCAAAUGUAGGUGCAAGCAGUCAGUCAGUUCUUACCGGCAGCAUUUCAUCACUGAUAACUGAGACGAUUAGCCAAUCACCUUCCUCAAGCAGCGAAACAUCUUCGCAGCUAAGCAGUUUAACUCCCGCAACCAGUAACCAUCCAUCUACAGAUAAUGCAUUUACUUCUUUUGUCACAGAACUACCCAGCCAAUCAAUUGUAUCAAGUGACAUAACAACAUUUAAUAACCCCAGUACACAGUCCUCAUCAGCCAACACUGAAACGUUUUCUAGUCUUGGGGUAUUUAGCAGCUCAUCCAUAUCUACUGGAACCAGUGGCCAGCCACUUUCAGCUACUAUAGUGCCAAGCAGUCAAUCAGUUGUAACCAGUGGCAUAUCAACCUUAAGUGUAACUAGUGUUCCCGCAUCUUCAACUACAGCAACAUUUUCCAGUAGUCACACUGCUUCAACUACUAAUGUUGUUUCAUCAGCUACAGGGACAAGUAGCACAUCUGCAGCUGGAAACACACAAACUUCAAAUACAAUAAGCAUCAUUCAAUCAUCCCCACCAGGUACCACAGUAACAUCUUCUACUGGUACUCUAACAUCAAGCACCACUACAACAUUGGCCACCACAGUAACCAACAGUCAAACAGCAUCUACAAAUUUUACUCCUUCAAACCCCGGAAGCAGCAGCACAGUUCUAUCAGGGACCUCUGUGGGUCCUUCUACUAGCAGUUCAAUCUCAACGCCAACUAAGACAACUUUAUUUACUGCAGAAGUCAUAUCAUCUACAAAUACUGGAAGCAGCAGCAUAUUAUCAUCAGGUGCUCCAACAUCAACCUCUACUGGGCCAUCUUCCAGUACUGUAACAUUAAACAGUCAAGCACUUUCUACUCUUAGCCCUUCAGUUUCAGCAAACGCAUUGACAAGUAGCACACCAAGUGGUUACACUUCAACUUCCAAUACUGUAAGCAUUAGCCAGCCCUUAUCAUCAUCACCUACAGCAUACUCCACUGGAGCUACAAUAUCACCUGGCACUGGAACUUCUUCUGUUAUUGUAGCAACAAGCAGUCAAACAGCUUCUACAGUUACCACUGCAAGUCCAUCAAGCACAUUGCCAGGAAGCACACCUACAGCUGGGCAUACAGCAGCUUUAAAUACUGGAACCAGCAGCAUGCAGUCAUCAGGUAUCACAUAUCAAGCUUUAUCUGGUACUCCUACAUCAACUGCCAUGGGGACAUCUCUUAGUACUUCUGCAGCAAAUACCCAAACACUUUCUACAUUUACCAAUUCAGCAUCAUCAACUACUUUGUCAGGUAGCACACCUACAACAAUUUACCCAUCAAUUACAAAUUCUGCAAGCAACAGCCAGUCAUCUGCAUCAUCAACACUGAUAUCUUCUUCUGUAACUCAAGGGUCAACUGCUACUGGUACAUCUUCUAGUACGUUAGCACCGAGCAGUCAAACACCUUCUACUACUUCAGUUUUAUCAACUACAUUGUCAGGUAGCACACCUACAACUGGGCAUACAUCUGUUUCAAAUUUUGUAAGCAACAGCCCAUCAUCAACAUCUUCACCACUGACAUCUUCUCCUGGAACACAAACAGCAACUGCUACUGGAACUUUUAGCACUCUAGCAACUAGCAGCCAAACACCUUCUAUCAUUACGAAUACCAUUUUAUCAACUACUUUGUCUGGUAGCACACCUACCACUGAUCACACAUCAGCUUCAAAUACUGGAAGUAGCACCAAGCUGCCAUCAAGUGUCUCAUAUCUAUCUUCAUCUGUUACUCCUACAUCAACUGCCACAGGGACAUUUCCAAGUAUUUCCACAGCAAAUAUCCAAACACUUUCUACAAUUGCCAAUUCAGCAUCAUCAACUACUUUAUCAGGUAGCACACCUACAACAAUUUACCCAUCAAUUACAAAUUCUGCAAGCAACAGUCAGUCAUCCGCAUCAUCACCACUAAUAUCUUCCUCUAUAACUCAAGGGUCAACUGCUACUGGUACAACUUCUAGUACAUUAGCACCAAGCAGUCAAACACCUUCUACUAUUUACACUUCAGUUUUAUCAACUACAUUGUCAGGUAGCACACCUACAACUGGGCAUACAUCUGUUUCAAAUUUUGUUAGCAACAGCCCAUCAUCAACAUCUUCACCACUGACAUCUUCUCCUGGAAAACAAACAGCAACUGCUACUGGAACUUUUAGUACUCUAGCGACUAGCAGCCAAACACCUUUUAUCAUUACGAAUGCAAUUUUAUCAACUACUUUGUCUGGUAGCACACCUACCACUGAUCACACAUCCGCUUCAAAUACUGGAAGUAGCACCAAGAUGCCAUCAAGUGUCCCAUAUCUAUCUUCAUCUGUUACUCCUACAUCAACUGCCACAGGGACAUCUCUAAGUACUUCUGCAGCAAAUGUCCAAACACUUUCUACAAUUACCAAUUCAGCAUCAUCGACUACUUUAUCAGGUAACACACCAACAACAAUUUACCCAUCAAUUACAAAUACUGCAAGCAACAGUAAGUCUUCCGCAUCAUCACCACUGAUAUCUUCUUCUAUAACUCAAGGGUCAACUGUUACUGGUACAUCUUCUAGUACAUUAGCACCAAGCAGUCAAACACCUUCUACUAUUUACACUUCAGUUUUAUCAACUACAUUGUCAGGUAGCACACCUACAACUGGGCAUACAUCUGUUUCAAAUUUUGUUAGCAACAGCCCAUCAUCAACAUCUUCACCACUGACAUCUUCUCCUGGGAAACAAACAACAACUGCUACUGGAACUUUUAGUACUCUAGCGACUAGCAGCCAAACACCUUCUAUCAUUACGAAUGCAAUUUUAUCAACUACUUUGUCUGGUAGCACACCUACCACUGAUCACACAUCAGCUUCAAAUACUGGAAGUAGCACCAAGAUGCCAUCAAGUGUCCCAUAUCUAUCUUCAUCUGUUACUCCUACAUCAACUGCCACAGGGACAUCUCCAAGUACUUCUGCAGCAAAUGUCCAAACACUUUCUACAAUUACCAAUUCAGCAUCAUCAACUACUUUAUCAAGUAGCACACCUACAACAAUUUACCCAUCAAUUACAAAUACUGCAAGCAACAGUCAGUCAUUUGCAUCAUCCCCACUGAUAUCUUCUUCUAUAACUCAAGGGUCAACUGUUACUGGUACAUCUUCUAGUACGUUAGCACCAAGCAGUCAAACACCUUCCACUAUUAACACUUCAGUUUUAUCAACUACAUUGUCAGGUAGCACACCUACAACUGGGCACUCGUCUGUUUCAAAUUUUGUUAGCAACAGACCAUCAUCAACAUCUUCACCACUGACAUCUUCUCCUGGAAAACAAACAGCAACUGCUACUGGAACUUUUAGUACUCUAGCGACUAGCAGCCAAACACCUUUUAUCAUUACGAAUGCAAUUUUAUCAACUACUUUGUCUGGUAGCACACCUACCACUGAUCACACAUCAGCUUCAAAUACUGGAAGUAGCAGCAAGCUGCCAUCAGAUAUCCCAUACCAAUCUUCAUCUGGUACUCCAACAUCAAUCGCCACAGGUACAUCUUUUGGUAAUUUGGCAACAAGCAGCCUAACCCCUUCUACUGUUAACCAUGUAGUUUCAUCAAGCACGUUGGCAGGUAACACAUCUACAACUGGGCAAACAUCAAUUUCAAAUAGUGUAAGCAAUAGCCAGUCAUCACCAUCAUCACAAUCAACAUCUUCUACUGGAACUGGAACUGGAACUCAAGCAUCAACCCCUACUGUGACAUAUUCUAAUACAUUAGCAAUAAGUAGCCAAACAGCUUCUACUAUCAAUAAUGCAGCAUCUAUCAGCACUGUGACCUCUUUCAUUUCACCAUACAGUAAUCAAGCUUCCAGUAGUAACACAGUAUUUUCUUCAGCUACUUUAACCACCAGGGAACUAACUUCCCUGAACACAAUGUUAUCCCUAUCUUCUGCAACCAAUAGCCAGAAGCCAUCUUCCAGUAUUACUGUAUCUCCUUCGAAUACUAUAAUUAAUAACCUAACCUCCUCUAAUGUAGUUGCACCUUCAUCUACUGUGACAAGUAGUACAACGUCCACUAACAAUAUUUCAUAUUCGACAAGUAGUUUGACAAAUAGUUCAUCAACCACCACCAAAACAGCGGGGUACUCAGCAACCACUGGCCAGAAGACUUCUAGUACUACUCAUGUAUCUUCUUCAUCUACGCUUACUACUAAUAACUCAACCUUCUCUAAUACUUCACCAUUUAUAGUUACAACCACAUCAUCUGCUAAAACGACUAAUCUUACACCUACCAGUAACACUGUUCCCUUUUUAUCUACAGUGUCCACAACUAAGUCAGCCUCCAUCAAUACAGCUACAUUUUCAACCCCUGUUACCAAUAGCCAAAACCUUUCCAAUAAUACUAUAUCUUCUUCAACCACUUUAAUCACUACUAAACCAACAAACUUAGUAACCUCUGCCAAUACAAUGACAUUCCCAACCAGCAGUACCAAUAGCCAGAAACCUUCCAUUAUUAUUUCAACUUCACCUACUACACUGACCACAACCAAUCCAACAUCCUCCAGCAUAGUGACAUAUUCAGUUACAGUACCCACAAAGCAGACAAAUACAAGUAACAGUGCAUCCACUUUAACUACAAGUAAAAUAACUUUCUCUAACACAGUAACCUUUUUAACUAAUGCAACCACUAUCCUGGAUAUUUCCACUGUUAACACUAUCUCUCCUUUAACUAGUAGUAAACUCACAUCUACUAAUACGGCCGCAACUUCAGCUAUCACAACUAAUAGCCAGAAAACUUCAACUACUAACCCUCCUUCUUCUACUAAUUCAACAGGUAUUAACCCAACUUCCAGCAAGACUGUUACAACAUUUACUACAAUAACCAGUAACAAAACGCCUUCCACUAUUAGUUCUAUACCAUUUCCUACUAGUAGUGGUUCUGCAACUUUAACUAUAUUAACUAGCUCCACAUCCAAAACAACUAUUCCAAAUACAUCAUCCACUACCACAUCAACCAGUCAUUCCAAUACAAGUCCAAGCAUUUCUUCUACAAGCAGCUCUACAGCAAGAACAUUGGUGGAAACAAGUUUAGGCACUAAUUCUACAAGCAGUCCUACAACAAGAACUUCAGUGGCAAGCAGUUCAGGCACUACUUCUACAAGCAGUUCUACAUCAAGGACUGCAGUGGCAAGCAGUUCAGGUACUUCUUCCACAAGCAGUCCUACAACAAGGACUUCAGCGGCAAGCAGUUCAGGCACUACUUCUACAAGCAGUCCUACAACAAGAACUUCAGCGGCAAGCAGUUCAGGCACUUCUUCUACAAGCAGUCCUACAACAAGAACUUCAGUGGCAAGCAGUUCAGGCACUUCUUCUACAAGCAGUCCUACAACAAGAACUUCAGUGGCAAGCAGUUCAGGUACUUCUUCUACAAGCAGUCCUACAACAAGAACUUCAGUGGCAAGCAGUUCAGGCACUUCUUCUACAAGCAGUCCUACAACAAGAACUUCAGUGGCAAGCAGUUCAGGCACUUCUUCUACAAGCAGUCCUACAACAAGAACUUCAGUGGCAAGCAGUUCAGGCACCUCUUCUACAAUCAGUCCUACAACAAGAACUUCAGCGGCAAGCAGUUCAGGCACUUCUUCUACAAGCAGUCCUACAACAAGAACUUCAGCGGCAAGCAGUUCAGGCACUUCUUCUACAAGCAGUCCUACAACAAGAACUUCAGUGGCAAGCAGUUCAGGCACUUCUUCUACAAGCAGUCCGACAACAAGAACUUCAGUGGCAAGCAGUUCAGGCACUACUUCUACAAGCAGUCCUACAACAAGAACUUCAGUGGCAAGCAGUUCAGGCACUUCUUCUACAAGCAGUCCGACAACAAGAACUUCAGUGGCAAGCAGUUCAGGCACUACUUCUACAAGCAGUCCUACAACAAGAACUUCAGUGGCAAGCAGUUCAAGCACUACUUCUACAACUAGUCCUACAACAAGUACAUCGGUGACAACCAGUUCGAGCACUACAACCUCAACUAGUAUAACAUCAAGUGUAACUGUAAAUAAGAGUCAACUUACAACAACUGGAGGAACCUCAACAGUGACCACUAAUACAAAAACUACAAAUUCAACUAUUGCUGCAAGCCCAGGACCAUCAACCACCGUUAUUCCUGCAUGGGGCAUCAUUCUCAUAUGUCUUGCCGUGAUCCUUACCUUAGUGUCAAUAUUGGCUCUUGGAUUUUUGAUUGCCUACUGCAUAAGAAGAUCCACUACAACCAGUUAUAAUGUUUCCAACGUGGGAGUAUAAGGACAAUCCCAAUUACCUUGUUUCAUUUUCAAUAUGUUUACAUUCAACAAAAGCAGUGUUCGUGGACUAUUGGACUAGAUUGAACUAUCAUACAAUAUGGUGGCAUGCUGUAAUGGGUGUAUUCCUAUGACUGAAAUACAGUGAUGUGUACUCACUGGGUAUGCAAGAGGUCUAUUCCUAUUGAUACGGUGCUACAUGUCCUUGGAAUGGUGGUGUCAUCUAUAUCCACUGAGCACAAGAGGAUCUACUAAAUACUUCCUUAGUCACCACUUUAUAAUAUUGAAGCCUACAAAUCAAUGCUUGUGUACUACUUCAAGCAUAAUAUACCUUCAAGAUAAAUUAGAUCUAGUGUACUAGCAUUUGCCAAGCAUUGUAUAAGAUAUAUAGAGAGGUUCAGCCAGGGGGUGGGAUGCAAUCAAAUGGGAAAUCAGUGUGAAGGAUGAUCCUGGUGAUCACUGUGUGUCGUAAUUUUAUAUAUAUAUUUUAUAUACAUUAAAUAUUGCCUACUUGAAAAUACGCCUCUGAUGGUCUACACUGGUAUUGCAGGCAAAACCAUAGCCAGUCAAGGGGUGGCUUGUAUUAUGAUAUAUUGCUGUAUAAUAUAUUUAUUACUAUUUGUAAUAUCGCAUGGCCACAAUACGGCUAUGUGAAAAUGAAUAAAGUAUUACAUUGAAUGCUAUAUGUUAUUAUGGAUGCAUAACUGCACUGUUAUAUUUUUCUAAUAUAAUUAAACUUACCAUUACCAUGA